AAAAAGCGGAAGGAGAAGUAGAGAAAGCUGUGUCUCAAUGGCCACAAAUUGCGAGUAUAUCGAUGAGAAUGUGAGCAGAAGUAAUCAAAAGAUCAAGAGUACAAAGAACAGCACAACGACGUCAGCGAUGCCAACGCACGCGGCGGAGAAGCAGGACGCUGGCAGGGAGAAGGAUCCGGGUAAGGAGGUGACGGAACAGCCCGCCAGUAGUAGCAGCAAUUCCCUCACCCGUGCCGCGCCUGCGUGUCUGCGGCCCAGCCUCUAUCAAGGUGCGGACGAUAGCUUCGAGUGCGUCUUUGAGUCCACCAUGGACGAUUUGGAGCAGGCGGUGCUCGAUGGCUAUGAGUCGGACUCGGAGGCUAGUGCCAAUGAUCAGGCCACGGACUCUUCAGCCUCCAGCUUGAGUUUGUGUUUGCAGGAUCGCAGUGCCAACACCAACAGCAACAACAAUACCACCAAUGCCAUUGGCAAUGGCAACCACAAUAAUAAUCACAAUAAUGCGGAGUCGAAAUAUGGGCAGAAUUUGGACGAAAUCUUGCUGCAAGCCUUUCAUCCGCACCGCAACUCCUUUGAUUUUCAAAGCAGCAGCGGCAGCAGCAGCGACGACGAGGAAGAGGAUGAAGACGAUGACGAGAACUUCGGCAUGAUGGGCAGCUUGAAUUUUCCGAGCAAGUUUGCCAAAUCGAGCGAUGGACGCUACGAUAUCUAUCAUCAGAGACCCGCCUAUAUGUUGGCCCCAUUCGUGGAGCGUCGCCGGCUCUCGCAAUGCAAGGAGGAGGACGAUGAGGACGAGGGCGACAAGUCGCCGCAGCCCCAGUUGGGUGGUGCCGCCGCCGGGGCGCCCAACUUCGAGCGAAACUCCAAAGCACCACCGCCGCGGCCACCCACGCCACAGGACGAGGCCUCCAAGGAGAAGUUCAAAGAUCUGGAACGUCUGCGUCAGCAGUUUAUGCAUAAAAUCGAUCUUAUCAAUACGCGCAACAUUGAGGAGUGCAAGGCGACACCACCGCCGCCACCACCACCGCCACCCAUACCGGCCACAAUAUUGCCGCAAGCCCUGAAGGAUCUCCUGCAGUCCAGCACAGCUGCUGCCACCCCACCACCAGCCAUUGCAGCACCACCAGCAGCGGCAGCUGCACCACCCGCAGAGAAACCACCCGCUAUUGUGGUCACAUCCCCACCGCCUCUAACGCUAAUGACUGCUCCAGCCACUGUUAGCCGCGCCACCUUGUCGCCUGUAACCACGCCCGCUACGCCCACCACGCCACCGCUGGCGCAGCUGCCACCGCUCUCGCCCACAUCGCACACAGAACCGCUCAUCAUACGGGGAAAGUUCAAGGUGACGCGCGCCCAAGAAGUGCCCGAGCUUCGGCCGGAAGCGAAGCAACUGAGCCACAUGCAGCCCAGCUCGAAUUCGCAAACCAUCAGUUUCCCCUCCAGCUUUGGUGGCUACUCUUCGGUGCAGGGCCUCUUCUCGCAGCGCUAUGGCAGCAAUCGUUUUCCCACCGCUGCGCCGCACUUCGCCAAGCAAUUCUUCGACACAUCGCUGGUGAAGAUUCGCGGACCCACGGAGAGCAAUCAAUCGCUGAACAACAACAACCAAAGCCCAAUCAAUUGUGAUACUAACAGCUUGGCCAGCAAGCCGAAGACGCCCAGCGAACGAGAGCUGGACGAGAUCUGGAUAAAGCGAACCACAGCGUUUGAGGCCAGUGCUUCAGCUUCUACCGAUCCACAAACGCCAGUGCGUUCAGUGUCCUUGGCCAGCUCGUCGACCAUGCCACGUCUGCUGCGCAAUGAGAGCGCCUCGUCAGCAGCGAGUCCAUCGCUUCCACUGACCGCUUCGGCAUCGGUGUCCGUCUCUGUCUCCGAAGAUGAACAGGAUGGCGUGCGAGUGCCCGGCUCAAGACCCUCCAGUGCGCCCGCAGAACCCAAUGCCAAAGCAGCAAAGAAGGCCUACAAGAAGAUGGAGAAGGAACAGCGGCGUCAGGAGAAGGAGCAAUCACGUCGGGAGAAGGAGGCACGCAAAUUGGAGCGCGAAACGGCGCGACGCAUCGAACGGGAGGCGGCGAAGCUGGAGAAACUCAAUCGGCACAGCGAGAAGAUCUCACGCAGCACGGAGCGUGUGGCGGGCGCCAGUUCCCGUUCCGGUUCGCUAGAGCGUCGACGCAGUGGCGAAGACUCACCUGUGCUCAAUCAGUCUACCGUGCAUGGCAUUGCGUCGCCAAAUCGUCGGCCCACAAUAUUCGAUGUGUUCCGACCGCGCGCCAAAUCGGACGCGAAGCGACAGAAGGAGAAGCAUCUGCUGGAUCCCUCGUCGGCGGACAGCAGCGCCACCAGCAGCACAUAUUCCGUAUCCGGCAGCGGACCAGCGCCAGGGGCAGCAACCACAACAACGGCAACCGCAAAUGCGAACGCAAAUGCCGCCGUAGGCCUUAUGAAUUCCAUGAAAGUGGCAAUGCAAAACUUCGGACAUCGACAACAUCCCGCUGUGACGAUAACCAAUGCCGAUGGCACAGUCUCCGCCAAGAGCAAGUACAAAGAUGGCAGUGCACAUCCCCAUCAGGGCAGUGAUGCGCAGUAUUACCACACGGUGACGGCUGUGCGUCCGCAUGCAAAUCAGCGUUCGCCUAUGACCAAAGUAAUGGAUCUGUUCCGACAUCGUUCAAAUUCGGCGGUCAGCGAAGCGGACAAACGCAAAGCGCGUGUUGCGGCGCAUCAACAACAGUUAGCUGUGCAGAGUGCUCAUAUGCGUCGCGCCUCGGCGGAGCUGGAGAAACGACGCGCUUCUGUUGGUGCUGCUGGUCGUGGAACACGCGGCGAUGGCACUCUAGAUCCACACAGUGCCGCUAUAUUAUUCAGAGAUUCAAGAGGGUUACCUGUGGCCGAUCCGUUCCUCGAGAAAGUCAAUCUCUCUGAUUUCGAGGAGGACGACUCCCAGAUCUUUGUCAAGUUCUUUCGCUUUCACCAGUGCUAUGAUCUGAUACCCACCUCCGCCAAAUUGGUCGUCUUCGACACCCAGCUGCUGGUGAAGAAGGCCUUCUAUGCGCUGGUCUACAACGGAGUGCGCGCCGCCCCCCUCUGGGACUCGGAGAAGCAACAAUUUGUGGGAAUGCUGACCAUAACGGACUUCAUAAAGAUACUCCAAAUGUAUUAUAAAUCCCCAAAUGCAUCCAUGGAACAGUUGGAGGAGCACAAACUGGACACGUGGCGCAGUGUGCUGCACAAUCAGGUGAUGCCUUUGGUCAGCAUCGGACCGGAUGCUUCACUCUACGAUGCCAUUAAAAUUCUCAUACAUAGUCGCAUACAUCGAUUGCCCGUGAUCGAUCCCGCCACCGGCAAUGUCCUGUACAUAUUGACACAUAAACGCAUACUGAGGUUCCUGUUUUUAUAUAUUAAUGAAUUACCAAAGCCCGCUUAUAUGCAGAAGAGUUUGCGCGAUCUGAAGAUCGGCACGUAUGACAACAUCGAGACCGCAGAUGAGAGCACGAGCAUUAUAACGGCGCUCAAGAAAUUUGUGGAACGACGCGUUUCGGCGCUACCUCUGGUGGAUGGCGAGGGCCGACUCGUUGAUAUUUAUGCAAAGUUUGAUGUGAUUAAUCUCGCCGCUGAGAAAACCUACAACGAUCUCGAUGUCUCUCUACGCAAAGCGAAUGAGCAUCGCAACGAAUGGUUCGAGGGCGUGCAAAAGUGCAAUCUGGACGAGUCCCUCUACACGAUCAUGGAGCGGAUAGUGCGGGCGGAGGUGCAUCGCCUGGUGGUGGUCGAUGAGAACCGCAAGGUGAUCGGCAUUAUUUCGCUCUCCGACAUUCUGCUCUAUUUGGUGCUGCGACCCAGUGGCGAGGGUGUCGGCGGCUCUGAAAGCUCCCUGCGUGCUUCCGAUCCUGUGCUGUUGCGUAAGGUGGCCGAUGCUGAGGCAGCGGCGGCAGCAGCAACAACGGCGGAAAUGCCAAGGAGUCCUUCGGCUGGUUCGGGCAAUCGCAGCCUCAUCGAGGACAUACCCGAGGAGGAGGCUGGAGCGACGCCUGCCGCGAAGGAGAACGAAGAUAAUGGUGAUAGUGAUAAUAGCAAGUCCGCCAGUGAAGACAAAGCCAACAACAAUAAUCAGCAUGAAGGCGACAACAGUCCAGCCGAAGUGUCCUUUGCCGAUGAGGCCCACGAAGAUGAAGCCGCCGCUGACGAAGUCGCGCGCAGCAAUUGUGAUGACCACGAAAAUGAUAAUGACGAUGAUGCCGAUGCGGAUGCGGAUGCAGAUGCUAAUGCGGAAGUUGAGCGUAAAAAGGCAGCAGCAUCGGCAGCAGCCGCCAUGGCAGCAGCGAAGCGAGCGAACGCUGAUGAGGACGAGGCUGAGGAUGGGCUGAGCAGCGCCGUUUCGGCAGCUUCGGCUCUUGGCCAGACACUGGCUACGCCCACGGCUCGCGAAAUGGGGCUGGUUAGUGAAUAAAGUUUUAAUUUAUAUUUAAUUAUAAUAGGAAACACAAAUAAACAAACAAAGCAAAGGUAAAACAAAAGCAAAAUAACAACAACAAAUACUUUUUAAACUUAAUUAAUUAGCAAAAACAAAGAAAACACAACAAACACAUGAUAAAACAAAAUAAAACAAAGCAAACAACAAUAAUUAUUAUGUAAUAAACAAAAAGAAGUGAGGAGGAAAGCAAAGGAUAGAGGAGGAACGCAAGAGAUAUAUAAUUAUAUUUGAAUAUUGUUAGUGUGUAAGCGUAAAAUAUUAUUACAAAUUCUGAAAUAUUAUGUAUUUUACAGAGCAACUAAAAAACAACAACAAAACUGUUAACAAUAUGUUUAUAUUAUAUAAAAAACAACAAAUUGCAUUAGCACAUGUCUUUAAAUUAUGUAAUUGAUUAUUAUAAUUGAUUAUAAUAUAUAGAGUACAACUGAGAAAA